AAUAAGAAACUGCAACAUACUUUUCGGCAUGAAAAUGUUUUAAAAGUCGCUCUUUUUGACGCCAGGUGGCAGCACUAUGUUUUAUCAUGUUGUGUGCCUGCCCAGCCCUGGUGCACAAAAACAUCUGUUACUGUUAUGGAGUCGCAGGCCAACGAACGUGGAGCAUUGAUAAAAAUACUUUGUGCAAUUGCAAGCAAAACGUUGGGAAAGUCGCGGGCGUGCUCCAACGGAGUAGCAAUUGCGUAACUACGCAAAUAAAAGAUGGCAUUAGCAUUGCGUGCGGCGCGUUUAACGCACAGCACCUGCACCAAUUAUGGUUAUUAUCGCACCUUUCAGGGGCGCCGUUGGCCUCAACACAACUGCCGAAUCCUUUUCAGCACAAAAACUGGCAGCGAACAAAUGCAGAAAUCCAACUAUGCCACACAACAGCAGCAGGCAACGAAACCGGCUGGUAAACCACCGCAGAUCAAGCGAAAUGUUGCCGCAGAAAUAACGAGCGUCGGCAAAGUCAUCUACGAGACAGGCUGGGAUGCUAACAAGCCAAAGGAUCUGCAGAAAAAGGAUAACAUAUCGCCACCGACAUCAACAUCGUCGGCAACAACCACAACAGCCACGUCGUCUCCGCAGCCAGACGAAAAAAAGGAUGAACAACAAAAGGAUAAAGCUGGUGAUUGUCAGAAGACAAAACGGGAACAGAUGCGCGACAAUGUGCAGGACUAUAUAUUUACACGAUACUUCAACUAUGUAAAGAACUAUGAUAAGGUGCUGGAGAAGAACUUCCCAAAGGCCAUGCAACUGUAUCGCGUUUUCUUUGACGGUGUCAAAGACUUCUUUGGCGACAUGAAGCGUUUCCUAAAAAUUUCUCGCAUUGCCAACGACUCGCCGCAGGGCAUUCGCGCUCUAAAUCGUCAAGAACUGGAGUUAUAUAUGCAAAUGCCUCGAGACAUGAUGAAAGUCGCGCCGGCACUCAUUGGCUGCUCUCUGCCCAUGGUGGGUUAUGCCUUCUUUCCGCUGGUUUUCUGGUAUCCACGCACUUUCCUCACCUCCCACUUCUGGACUGCACAACAGCGCAGCGAGUUUCAGAGUUACUACAUGAAACGGCGCCUGCAGUGCAACAAACCCGUCUUUCGUUGCCUGCAGAGCAAACUGAAAUCCAUGGCUGGUCAUCACAAGCAUGCUGACUUUCAAUGCAUUCUUGGUCAAAUUGGUAGCGGCUUUCAUCCCACGCCCGAGGCACUCAUCGAUGUCAAGGACAUAUUCGCCGAGGGUCCCUAUUCACUGCUGGGCAUGUCCCGCAAACAUGUCAAAUGCCUACUUAAGUUGCACGGACUGCCCAACAGUCUGUUUAAGCGGCAUCGCCUGCAUGAGCACGCCUUUCUGGUGCACUACAUGGACCAAGCCAUCACACGAGAGGGCGGCGUCCAUAAUCUGAGUGUGGAUGCCUUGCGCUAUUCUUGCUUUCUGCGCGGCCUAAAUCCCACCAACCUGAGCAAUGAACUCAUGAUCGAAUGGCUGCGUAAAUGGGUUAUGGUUUCGACAUCUAUACAGGCCGAACAUAUCACGCUGUUCCUACAUCUGCCCAUCCUACUGGGCUAUAAUCACCCCAACAAUUGGCAAAUGAUAUAUGGAAAAAGCAAGGCUUGAAAAUGUGGCUCAAUAAUGGAUUCGGGAGUGUUAAAUUAUUUAAUUGGUAGACUGAGCUCAGCUUCAAAGAUGCGAGUUUUUAAGUUUUGAUUCUUAAAAGCAAAAUAAAUAUUGAGUGAUAAAACAAAUAGAA